AUGUCAACCCGUGCAUUGAUCGAGUUUGAGCUCCAUGCCCAGAGCGUGAAGAGGAGGCAAAUGGUGAUGAUGGUCCAAUCAUUGAAGGAUGCACUGUAUGAAUCAAGGUCGUUCAUUGAACACCAGCGCCUGUACGCUCUGGACAUCAAGUACCUGGUACUGAUGAAUGCAGUGGACGCCCGGGUUGAAGUUACAGUCCUCCGCUCCGCUGCCAUUGAUGACGUCGUCAACAUGAAGCUGCUCGCCAAGACCAGCGGCUUCAGUGAGGUGAUCCGGCUUUUUCGUGGCGUGGCUCCAAAGCUGGGUUUCAUGACGAGCUUUGUUAUAGCGGUGGAGAGACACAGCGACUUUGAUCUCUACAUCAAAGGGUAUCCAAGAGUCCAUCCUAACGCCGACCAGAAACUAGUGCCGUGUUCACGGUGGCAAUGUACGUAG